AUGUCUAAAGAUAGGAAAGAAGAGUUCCUUAAAAUAAAGAGUGAAAGGAGAAGGGACCGGAUCAUGCAAAUAGAUGUACAUAAGAAAGAUGAGUUGCUUGAAAUUAAGCGUGAGAGGGAAAGGGACAGGUACGCGCAAAUUACUUUAGAUAAGAAAGAUGAGUUGCUUGAAAUGAAGCGGGAAUCUUUACAUUGUGUGCAGUGUUCAAUGUUUAAAGCAGUACUUACAUGUUUCAUUUGUUCAUUGGAUGGCCCCAACAUAUACAUCUCAGGUGGUGGAUCCAAGACAUCCACUACACAGCCAGCGCUCAUAGAUCCUAAAGAACGUAAGAGGCGGAGAGAAAGGGAGUGGUACGCGCAAAUGUCUGCAGAAAAGAAAGAAGAAUUACUCAGAAAGAAUCGCGAGCGGCGUAAGAAUAAGAAAGAUGGUUCAACAAUUCUCACUGCAGAUUGCCGUGAAACAUCGAAUCCUAUCUCGACAACACCUGGCAUUCCAAGUUUACAGCUGGUAGUGGCAUUGAAAGUUUCACGAGCAGUGACCAUCGGGGUUCUGAUCUUGAGUCAGACCGUAAACGUCAAAAGGGUCGACAAUGAGAAACUCGAGGCAGUCCAGGAUGUUCCCGAUGAUUUCGAUGAUGAAGAAUGGAGGUUAUAUCGUGGACAAGAUGUUGUUUUUGAAUCAUACGUGGUGGAAGGUCCUGAUAGUGUGGGUAUGCAAGGUUAUGAUCCGAAAGGGAAGGUUAAAAUCUUCAUUCCAGAUGUACCAGAUGAGUUGCGACGAUUGUAUACGAGCCUUGAUGAUGACGAUGCAAAAUACUUCAGACAACACAUACGAUAUUUCAAUUCUCAUUUCUCCUUUACAAGUCUUGGUGUUACACUUGAUCGUCGAGUCAGCACUGCUGCAGGAACUGGUAUAUAUACAUUCCGUGCACAUGGUCAGCUAUAUCACCGUUUGGACCAGCUGGUACCUGGUGGGAAGGGUCCACGACACCUGCAGCUAUACUUCUAUGACACUGAUGAGACAAUGGAACACAGAGCUAAGAGGUCUCCUGGUCUUGAUAUCAAUUUGAUCCGGAAGAUUCGGAGGAUACUAGAGCACAACCCCUAUGUGCAGACCUUUCAGAAUGUUGGUUAUGCUCCUAACCUCCAUGAUUAUAGGAUUGAGCUGAACACGGAUAUUGCAUUGGACCAGCGAAGGUACAAUGCCCCCACAGCUUCACAAGUUGCUGCUAUCUGGAUGGAAGGGAAUGAUCCACAAAAAUGUUUCGAUAGAAGUGUUAUAGUGUAUGGAAAAGCCGACAAACCUCGGUAUAUUCGGGCAUACCAUGGGUGCUACGAUCCGUUGGCCUAUCCUUUGUUUUUCCCUGGUGGAGAAACAGGAUGGCAACGUAAGAUGCUUUAUGAAGGCCCUGACCCAGUAGAUUGGCCAAACAAUUAUGAUAACAAUGAUGAUGACAACAGUGACAAGGAAGAUGGUUGUAGUGAGUCUAGCAAACAUGUCAGUGCUAGGGAAUAUUAUUGUUUCAAGUUGCAGAUCAGGCUUGGGGAAUUUAACAUACUGUUACAUGGGCGCCGUCUUUUCCAACAAUGGGUUGUAGAUAUAUACAUAAAGAUAGAGUCUAUGAGGCUCGAUUGGUAUUCGAAACCAGAGAAUCAAGCUCUCAUACGUGCAGAUUUGUACCAGGGCAUUAUAGAUACAAUUGCUGCUGGUGAAGCGCGUGCUUCUGAGGUUGGUCUAAGAAUUGUGCUCCCACGGACUUUUCCUGGAGGAGAUCGAGACGUGCAAGCACGAUUCCUUGACGCAAUGGUUUUAGUGACCCGGUUUGGUAAGCCUGAUUACUUUGUCACAAUGACUUGUAAUCCACAUUGGGAGGAGAUAACAAGGCAACUAUUACCGGGCCAGACACCACAAGAUAGACCAGAAUUGGUUGCGAGAGUAUACCGGGCUAAGCUGCGUGAUUUACACGAUUUUUUGAUCAAGAAGAGUCACUUGGGUGAGGUCGCAUCAUAUGCACAUGUUACAGAGUUUCAGAAGAGGGGUUUGCCACAUGAGCACUUCUUAUUGAUUAUGGUCCCUAACAGUAAGUUAAGCAGUCCUGAUGAUUACGACAAGGUUAUUUCAGCAGAGAUUCCUGAUCCUGUCAAAUACCCUGUAUUGCAUGCUCUGGUUAUCAAGCACAUGCUACAUGGACCAUGUGGUGCUCUCAACAAAAAUUGCCCCUGCAUGAUAGACGGACAUUGCCGUUUUCGUUAUCCUCGACAAUUCUGUUCGGCUACACAGCAAGGAAAAGACUCUUAUCCUAUAUAUAGGAGAAGGGAAGAUGGCCGUCGAGUGGCGACCAGGGGUGCUGUAUUGGAUAAUAGAUGGGUGGUUCCGUACAACCCCACACUGCUUAUGCGGUAUAACUGCCAUAUUAAUGUCGAAGUUUGCUCAAGCAUCAAGGCAGUUAAGUACCUAUACAAAUAUGUCUAUAAAGGUCAUGACCGUGCAUCCUUCUCAGUCGAUCCACCAGAUCAAAAUGGUACAGUAAUCAAUGAGAUUCGACAAUACAGGGAUGCAAGAUUCAUAACUCCCCCCGAGGCCGUGUAUCGGAUAUUUGGUUUCCCUUUGUAUGCCGUAUCUCCUUCUGUUUUGCAACUUCAACUACAUCUGCCAAACAUGCAACUUGUGUCAUACAGAGCUACUGAUAACCUGAAUGAUGUGGUGAACCGGGAGAAAUCUAAGAGGUCGAUGCUUACUGAGUAUUUCAAGAUGAACCUGGUGGAUAGCAAGGCACGUAAAUUGUUAUACACAGAGUUCCCGGAGCACUUCCGGUGGAUCAAGUCCGAUAAGCGCUGGCAGGCAAGGGUAAAGAGGCCGCAGGUUGGGAGAAUUGUGUAUGCAAACCCUGCUGAAGGGGAGAGGUACUAUUUACGUGUGCUCCUCAACCAUGUGAGAGGCACAACUUCAUAUGAGAACCUUCGUACUGUACAUGGGAAAACCUGUUCCACCUUCAGAGAUGCGUGCGAGAUGAUAGGGCUCGUAGAGACUGAUAGAUCCCUCGAUGAAUGCUUGGCUGAGUCUACUACAUUCCACAUGCCUUGUGCACUGAGAAGGUUGUUUGCGAUAAUUAUUGUAUUCUGCGAGGCAACAAAUAUCCGUGGCUUAUGGGAAAAUCAUUUUGAAGCAAUGUCCCAAGAUUAUCGUCGUACACACAAUGAUGCAGCAAUGGUUGAGCAACUGGUGCUUAGGGAUAUUAGAAACGUGGUUCAUUCAAUGGGCAAGGAUGUAAGGAAUUAUGGUCUUCCGGAGGUUGACGACUCAGCUGAUUAUUAUAGCGAUCAAUCGAGAGAAGUAUUAGAGGAAUUGUCGGUGGGCGUAGACGUAGAACAUCUGAAUCUUAUUAAUACACUGAACAUAGAGCAGCGGUCGGGGUUUGAUGAAAUAAUGGAUCACGUAAUCAACUCUAAGAGCCAGGUAUUCUUUGUUGAUGGUCCAGGUGGCACGGGAAAGACAUAUUUGUACAAGGCAUUGCUUGCAAAGGUUCGUUCGAUGGGUCUGAUAGCCAUUGCAACUGCAACGUCUGGUAUUGCAGCGUCCAUCAUGCCCGGUGGUCGCACCGCCCACUCCAGGUUCAAGAUCCCCAUAAAGCUUUCCGACAACAACAUGUGUAAUUUCACCAAACAGAGCGGUACCGCUGAGUUGCUUCGCAGGUCACACUUGAUAAUCUGGGAAGAAGUUGCCAUGACCAAACGUCAAGCUGUUGAAACACUCGAUAGGUCUCUCCAGGAUAUAAUGGGAUGCUCGCAGCUCUUUGGUGGAAAGGUCAUGGUAUUUGGAGGAGACUUUAGGCAGGUCCUUCCAGUGGUGACACGUGGUACGAGGGCACAAAUCACUGAUGCUACACUACAAAGGUCUUAUAUAUGGGAGAAGAUACGUAAGAUACAGCUAACCUGGAAUAUGAGGGCGCAGUCUGAUCCAUGGUUCUCCGAAUACCUCCUUAGGAUUGGCAACGGAACAGAAGAGACGAUUGGUGAUGAUUAUGUGCGUCUCCCAAAUGAUAUCGUGGUUGGUUACAGUUUUGCAGAAGAAUCAAUUGACAAACUCAUUGAAUUUGUAUUCCCAGAUCUCCAGAACAAUUCUACGUCAGCGGACUACAUGAGUGCACGUGCUAUCCUCUCAACUAAGAAUGAGCAUGUGGAUGAGCUGAAUGCAAUUAUGAUAGAUAGGUUUCCAGGCAAGGAGACGGUAUACUACAGCUUUGAUUCCGUCGACGAUGAUUCACGAAACAACUAUCCGAUUGACUUUCUGAACUCAAUCACACCAAAUGGAUUGCCACCACAUUUGCUUAAACUCAAAAGCAACUGUCCAGUCAUCCUGCUUCGGAAUCUUGAUCCUCACAACGGUCUCUGCAAUGGAACAAGGCUAAUGGUUAGAGCUUGCCAACGUAAUGCCAUUGAUGCAGAGAUUGUUGGCGGGCAACAUCAUGGAAAGAGGGUGUUCAUUCCUAGGAUCCCUUUGUCCCCCUCAGAGGACAUUUCACUCCCUUUCAGAUUCAAGAGGAAACAAUUUCCAAUCCGCCUUAGCUUUGCAAUGACUAUAAACAAAGCUCAAGGACAAACCAUUCCUAAUGUUGGUAUUUAUCUACCCGAGCCUGUGUUUUCUCAUGGACAGCUGUAUGUUGCAUUAUCGAGGGGUGUAUCACGUCAGUCAACACGGAUUCUAGCUAAGCCAAAUAAAGAUAUAGAUGCCAUAGGGAGAAGCACCAAGAAUAUUGUGUACAGAGAUGUAUUGGAAUGGUGUUCUUCGGUUUCAUGA